GACUCUUCCUGAAGUCGGGCUCGCUGUGUCGCUCCUGCCAUGUUCCAGCCGGGAAUGAAAUGAGCAGAAAGGACGGGGGGCCCUGGAGCGAGGGCCACAGCCGGGGGCGUGUCCGCUGAGAUCACCCUGACGGCCGCUCGAGACCCUUACAGAUGCCUCAUCGCUUUCCAGUAUAAAGAUUUACGAUUACUUGCCAAAUCACGUCAUGGGUAAUCUCCGUCUGUCAUGGUCGGUCAGCGCCUGAGGUCUCUGUGAUCUCCCGUCGUCCCCCGGGGGGAGUAUGUAUAAGAGGAAUGAGCUGAUGGCCGGGGUGACGGUCACCUCUGCAGAGGAAAGCAGCAGCUCAGACUCUGUGGACGGGCAGAGCUCUGAAUACGCCAAUAAGAGCUACGAUGCCGUGGUGUUCGAUGUGUUGAAAGUGACUCCUGAGGAGUUUGCUAGCCAGAUUACCUUAAUGGAUGCGCCGGUAUUCAAAGCUAUCCUUCCGGAGGAACUCGCCAGCUGCGGAUGGAACAAAAAGGAAAAACAUAUCCUCGCGCCAAACGUUGUCGCCUUCACACGGAGAUUCAACCAGGUCAGCUUCUGGGUGGUCCGAGAAAUCUUAACAGCGCAGACGCUAAAAAUCAGAGCCGAAAUUCUCAGCCAUUUCAUCAAAAUCGCCAAGAAACUGCUGGAACUGAACAAUUUGCAUUCUCUCAUGUCCGUCGUGUCAGCGUUGCAGAGCGCCCCGAUAUUCCGGCUCUCCAAGACUUGGGCGCUCUUGAACCGGAAGGACAAGACAACGUUUGAGAAGCUCGAUUACCUGCUUUCCAAAGAGGACAAUUACAAGAGAACGCGGGAAUAUAUCCGGAGUCUGAAGAUGGUCCCGACCAUCCCUUACUUAGGGAUCUACCUCCUGGAUAUUGUCUACAUUGACUCCGCGUACCCGGCCACCGGCAGCAUCAUGGAGAACGAGCAAAGGUCCAACCAGAUGAACAACAUCUUGCGGAUAAUCUCCGAUUUACAAGUCUCCUGUGGUUACGACCACCUCGCCACGCUGCCCCACGUGCAGAAGUAUUUAAAGUCCGUCCGUUACAUCGAAGAGCUGCAGAAGUUCGUGGAGGACGAUAACUUCAAGCUGUCGUUGCGGAUCGAGCCGGGAAGCAGCUCUCCCCGCUUAGUCUCCUCUAAAGAAGAACUGGCAGGUCCUUCCGAGGUGACGACGACAAUGAGGUUCAGCAGGAGACCGACGUGUCCUGACGCUUCUGUAGCCACCAGCCUCCCGACGCCCCCCGUGUCCAGACAUCGCAAGAGCCACAGCCUGGGGAACAAUAUCAUGUGCCAGUUCAGCGUGGUGGAGAGUAAAAGUGCCACCUUUCCAUCGGAGAAGCAGCGCCACCUGCUGGACGACAGCGUCAUGGAGUCGCAGAGCCCCGUCCGGAAUCACACGCACACCUCUGUCUUCACCAACGGCGUCUCCGUAGGGAGCAGCGAGAGCUCGGAGUUCGGCGAAGACGUCUCUUCCGUUCUGGACAAGGGCCGGCUGUAUGCCACGUUGGGGCCCAACUGGAGGGCCCCGCUUCGGAAUUCCCCCAGAAGUCGAAGCUGUGUUUACAGCUCGACGCGGUCCGAGAGGGCGAGUGCCUGGAUACAAACGGCCGCGGCGUCUGGACGCCCCACCGGUGCCUGCAGCUGCAUUUUGGGAAGCUCGUCGGGAGCCGUCGCCAUGGAAGGACCUCUGAGGAGGAAAACUCUGCUUAAAGAAGGGAAGAAGCCGACGCUCUCGUCCUGGACCCGGUACUGGGUGACUCUCUCGGGAUCCACGCUUCUGUACUUUGGGGCAAAGUCCAUAAGAGGAAAUGAAAGGAAAAGCUACAAGUCCACCCCCAGUAAGAAGGUGUCGGUACUGGGCUGGAUAGUGGUGCUACCCGACGAUCCGGAACAUCCCAAUAUCUUCCAGCUCAAUAACCCAGAUAAAGGUAAUGUUUACAAGUUCCAGACCGGCUCUCGGUUCCACGCUAUUCUAUGGCACAAACACCUGGACGACGCGUGCAAAAGCAGCAGGCCGCAGGUCCCCACUAAUCUCAUAUCUUUCGAAUGAACUCCCGGCCUGUUUCGGGAACUUGAAGUGCCAAAUCCUGCGAUACGGAAGCAGACGGGAAGAUUUUCGAGGAGCAAUACGUUUGCCGCGGACGGACCUUUUUCUACAUUACCCGAAAAACCAUGAAUUUUAAAAAGUAAGAUUUUAGCGGAGCCGCCGGAGCCGGUUUCAAGUCUUUUGCACUUAAAAUGUCGGAAGGAUCAGAAAUAAAACCUGAGGUCACCGGACAAUCCUGAGAACAGCGCGUUGGGUAAUUUUUGCCUUUUUUUUUGUUUUUAUUCUUAUUUUUAACAUUUAGGCUGCUUUGUA